AUGCGAGACCUCAAGGCGGCCGCGGCGGAGAAGGCUCACGAUGCGCGGAGAGCGUUCACCAGCCGGCGCAACUUGGUGGAAUGGCUGCAAGUCCACGAUACCGCCCUCGACCAGCAUGGCCACCGACCAAAAGGUCCGACGUGGUCCAACCAAGACCUCGAUCCCACUCCGCCAGAGAAGCGCACCUGGCGCUGGUGGAAUUAUUCCAUCUUCUAUUGGGGGUAGAGGAAACGUACGUUGAUCAUGCUUGGAUCCAUUGACUGAUCCGUCGUAGACUCUCCUUUGGUAACUGGACUCUCGGCUCGACCAUGAUAGGCAUCGGUCUCAACUGGUGAGUGCAGAGAGCUCGUACCGAUGCGUGCAUCGUCCUGGAGACGCUGACAGCCCUCUCAGGUGGCAGGCCAUCCUGACCAUCUUCCUCUCGCAGCUCAUCUCCUCCAUCGCCAUGUUCUUCAACUCGCGCUGCGCCAGUGUCUAUCACAUCGGCUAUCCAGUCGUCGCACGCAGCGUCUUUGGCAUGUGGGGCUCUUACUACUUUGUGGGCGUUCGCGCGGCUCUGGCAAUCAUCUGGUAUGGCGUGCAGCUGUACUCCGGCUCUGCUCUGCUGGCCAACAUGCUGCGAGCCGUCUUCGGCCACAACUACACCGACAUCCCCAACCACAUCCCCGAAAGCAUGGGAAUCACGUCCGCUGGCAUGUUAGCCUUCCUCCUAUUCUGGCUCGUCCAUCUGCCCUUCACCUUCUUUAGGCCCUACCAGCUGCGGAAGUUCUUCUGGUUCAAGGCGAUCAUCAUGCUACCGGCCAUCCUGGGGCUUUUCAUCUUCUGCAUGGUGAACACCAAGGGCAACAUCCGUCUCGGCCAUCUCUCAUCCAAAGAAGGCUCCGACGGCUGGGGAUGGUUCUUCGUCUACUCCAUCAACGCUGGCAUGGGCAACACCGCUACUCUGAUCACCAAUCAACCCGACCUCGCGCGUUGGAGCAGGACCAAGACAGGGGCCAUGUGGAGUCAGCUUCUGUCCAACCCAAUCGCCGUGACACUAUCCGCCAGUCUGGGUAUACUCUCCACCGCCGCAAUCAACAACGCCUGGGGCCUCGAGCUAUGGAACCAGUGGGAUCUCCUCGACGCUAUCAUGACGCGCUACUGGAGUGCCGGCAGCCGCACUGCGGUCUUCUUGGCCGCCGCCGGUUGGACGGUCUCCAUCCUGGGAACGAACAUCGCCGCCAACAUGAUCCCCUUUGGCUCCGACAGCACCAUGCUCUUCCCGCGAUACCUGACCAUUCCCCGCGGCCAACUAGUCGUCGAAUGCCUCGCCUUUGCCAUUUGCCCGUGGAAGAUCCUAGCCAGCGCAUCGACCUUCACCACCUUCCUCUCCGGCUACGGCCUCUUCAUGGCCUCGGUCGUCGCCAUCAUGGUCUGCGACUACUUCCUCCUCACCAACGGCAACCUCUUCCUCUCCCACCUCUACGACGGCUCCCGGCACAACCGGCACUACUACUACUGCCACGGCUGGAACCUGCAAGCCGCCAUCGCCUAUAUCGUCGGCAUCGCGUUGCCCUUCCCGGGAUUCGUAGGCACCCUAGGCCCCAGCGUCAGCUCCACGGCCACGAAGCUGGGCCAACUAGGCUGGAUGCUCAGCUUCGCUUCGUCGUUCCUCGUCUACUACGUCCUAUGCAAGAUCUUCCCGACCACAAAUCAGAAGCUCGUACGGGAGAGUAGGCUCUCGUGGGAGGAGAUGAGGUUAGUAGUAAUCCUCCAUCCAUCCAUCCCAUCCCACCAAUUCUAGACACCCGAACGCGGCUGACUCACUUGCUCUUUUCUUAUGAACAAACAGUUCCAGGGAUCUUGUCGUCUUGGAUGGGACUAUGAUCAGUGAGGAUCAUAGCGAAGACGAUCGACAAGCGCCUCCUGCCCACGGCAAAGCCUUUGACGGCAAGCACGGCGCCGUCGCUACGUCCGUGAUAAGCUCAUCGUAA